UCCUUCCCUCCAUGGAUAGCCCGCCAUCCCCACAGGCAGGCUCAGGGCGGGUUACAACAACAAUAAAAUACACAACAGAGAGAAUAAAUUUGACAAUAAAACGUAUCUAAAAAUCUAAAACAUCAAUGAAAUAGUACAAGCUCACUGCAGCCCCCUGGGAGUCCCAUCUGAGGCCUCAGCUGGGGAGAGGGAGGCGGGUCACUCUGCUCUUGCGUUGCCAACUCGAGGUUGGGAAAUCCCUGGAGAUUUGGGGAGGGACUUCAGCGGGGUAUAAUGCCACAGAGCCCACCCUCCUCCAACGCAGCCGUUUUCUCCAGGGGAACUGAUCCCUGUCACCUGGAGCUAAAUUGUAAUUCCGGGAGAUCUCCAGAGGAGGAUUGGCAACCCUAGCACUUGCCCUGAUGCCCUUCCCUGUUCUCAGCUGCUUGGGUGGGUUUGGGGUCAUUUGCGUUCUGUUCAUCCCGGGCUCCAUUCUCAGCCUCCUGGUGUUGUGAUGGGUAUAUAACCACCCCUACCAACAGGCUACGCUGCUGCGCGUCUGGUGUUGAGUUGGUUCAAGGUGGGUGUGGAGGGGUGGGCUGUUCAACUGUUUUCAGAUCUGUGCUGGCGACCACCUGGAAACCUUUUAUUUAAGCUGGUUCCUUCUGCAUGUGUGUCACAAUAUGAAACUGGGAAAUGGGAAAUACGUAUGGCCCUUUGGGCACUUAUAAUAGAGUUGUUUAUUGGUUGGUAAUUGUUGUUUCUUCCCGUGAGGGUUCUCUUUAGUUUCACAAUAUGAAACUGGGCAUCUGCAGUGUGGACAGAAGGACUCGCCCCACUCUGCAGUGGCUGGAAAGGCUGUCGAGGCUUCCAGGGGCCAGUUGAAGCUUCAGCACACUGCUGGUUCGAAUCCCCCUCCUGCCGUGAGCUCAGCAGGUGGCCUUGGGUCAGCCACUCCUCUCAGCCCCAGCUCCCCAGCUGCAUUGUGGAGGUCUCUCCUGGGACUGACUGCUGUGACAAUUUCAGCUUCUUCCCAAAGAUAAAACCAGAGUCCAGUGGCACUUUAAGAACGAACAAAAUGUAUCCCAGCGGAAGCUUUUCUGAGUCAGCGCUCUGUUCCUCAGCUGCAUCUGCCUAAUGGAUGCGCAAAUGCAUCUGAACUUUGACCGCCUUGAACCACAUGGAAAGGGGAGGACAUAAUUGUUAUAAUAAAUACAUUCUUCUGGCAUGAAUGCUGGACUUCUGUUACAUUCUGCACUACAGCCUAACACGGCUACCCCUAACGUGGCCGUAGAUGCUUCCCUAGUGCGUGCAUCUGCGUCCAGCUGUUCCUCCAAACAGGAAUGGGGGCCAAGCAAAGCAUGAACACAAGCAGAGAGGACGGUUUCAUCCAGAUUUUGUAUGCGCAUAUGAGAUCCCAGACUGGAUAGUCACACCCUGAGCAGCUGCCUGUUCCCAUAGGAUGGGAGGGGCAAAAAUUAAAGCCUCUGAUGGAACACAGGAAAAUGAGAGAGAGAGAGCGCUCUCCACUGCAAACUCCCAUCUGCAGGAGGGCAAAUGGCUUUGGAAACAGAAGGGUUAAACCCAUGUGAGACCCCCCCCCCUCCCAGCAACACAGAGACAAAUAAAUUAUUUGCUAAGUAACCAAGCACAGGGCAGGGCUGGCAUAUAGUAUUAGCUGUGGGGCCCUCCGUCUCGGCUGCUGCAGCGGCCACACAAGCUAGCAGGAUGGCAGUUUGGAUGGUGGGACUCGUGUUCCUUGGCCUGCUGGUCUGGUGGUUUGGGAGACGUAGACGCAUCGUUUGCAGCCAGGGACUGAGGAAGUGGGUCUUGGAGGAGGAAACAGAGGAACGCAGUCUAAGGGGGAAAGGCGCAGCAAGGUCUCAAGUCUGGGACUGCCAACUGAUCUGCAAGCCCUCUGCUCUAGCCCGGGCUUUGCUCAGGAAUCUCUGCAAGUCUGCUGACCCGAAGGCCUUGCCAUGGUCCUGGAAGAUGUGGCCGUACUUGCAGACUGUCAAGCAGCUUCUGUGGCCCCCGGACCACCCGCUGGAGUUUGCCAGAGACUACCUCCAAGUGGCAGACAAUGGCAUCGUUGCCUUGGACUGGGUCGUAGGGCUGCAGAACAGAAGCGGGAAAGGGCCUGGGGCAGCAGAGGCCGCCGUGCUCCUGGUGGUGCCCAAUGCCGCAGGCAAGAUCACUCGAAACGUCUGCCAGCUGUGCCAGUUGGCCCUCGAGGCAGGCUACUACCCAGUUAUCUUCAAUCGCCGUGGGCACAAUGGCUGCCCGCUGACUAGCGUGAGGCUGCAGUCCUUUGGGGACCCAUCAGAUCUGAAAGAAGCAGUGAUGUACAUCCGCUUUCGGCAUCCAACAGCCGUGCUCUUUGCUGUGAGCGAGGGCUCCGGCUCCGGCCUGCUGCUCUCCCAUCUAGGCGAAUGCGGUUCGUCCUGUGAUCUCAGUGGAGUGGCUUGCAUCUCCCCCUUGCUCAAGUGCCAGGACUGGUUUGAAGCUGGCAGCCCUUGGUUGUGUGAAUGGAGCCUUCUCCUGUACCAGAAGAGAGUCAUCAGCAGGUAUGCCAAGGCCUUGCAGGAGGUCGUGGAGAUGGAAAGUGUGCUCGGGAGCCGCUCGCUGCGGGAGUUCGAAGAAGCCCUCUUCUGCCACAGGAAGGGCCAGGCCAUGACGUGGGAAGCUUAUUGGGGCUGCAACGAGCCCCUGCGGGAUGCCGAUGAAGUGGCUGUGCCAGUGCUUUGCAUCUGCAGUGCAGAUGACCCCGUCCGAGGGCCUCCUGGUAGGACCCUCCCAUGGGAACUCUUCCAUACCAACCCUCAUUUCUUCCUGCUCUUGACACCCCAUGGAGGACAUUGUGGCUUCCUCCAGAAGAGCCCUUCAUCAUCCUCUGCCUCUUGGGGGAACAUGGUGGCUCUGGAGUAUCUGGGGGUUUUGGACAAGUUCUUCCACACAGAGGAGGCAACGAGAGAGAGGCCACGUCCGGGGCGCUCAGUCAUCUUGCAUCAUUGCUCUCAGGGCAUUUUUCAAAGUAGAGAAGGGGUGCCAGCUACCCUCGAUUUCCAGGAGACCUUCACCUGGCAAAGGUCAUACACUCGCUGAUGGUUGGCAGAAAUGCUACAGGUGGCAAGGACUGGAAGGGGGGGGGGCAAUUCAUCACUUGAGCACUUAGGUGGAGAGUCUCAGAUUUGAUUGCCAGCAGCUCCUCUGAAAAUCAUCCUAGAUUUUAGGGCCUUGGAGAGUUGCUGCCAAUUGGGCUAGACACUACUGGCCUGAAUGAAGUCUGACUUCAGGUAGCCCACCUGGUAGACUAUCUCCAGCCAUUUUAAGAGCCGUUGUGAAGCCAUUUUAUUUGCCAGGACAUUUUAUGGGAUAUAGGAAGAAUACAUCUUUUUGGAGGGGCAGGGAAGUUACCUGGGUUUUUAUUCUGUGAGUUUUAAAUUGCACUUUCUAAGACACCAUGAAGAAAGGCAGGAUAUGCAUAUUUUAAUAAGUAAGAUGUUCAUUCCCACAGCAAUGGAAAAGAUACAAAUUUACCAUACUCGGAAAAGCAAAUCAGGAAAUCAAGUUGUUUCAGCCUACGGAGGCCACUUCCUCGAGGCACUUAGAUCAUGUGAACAUUUGAAACAAAAGCCAAACAUGAUCUUGCUGGCCUAGACCAGAAAGUCCAGCUCCACUCCUUAGAGCCGAUUCUCACACUCACUCACUCACUCACUCACACCCAGCCAGCCCUUUCAAAGACCCAUGUCAACAUCUCCCUGCUGUCUAUAAGUCCACCUCUUACUGUGGUCUCCUGGCUGCUCCCGUCUUUGCCAAAGGGGCGUGCAGUCAUUUGGCAUCCACGGCCUCAGCCCUCUUUGGAGUAAAACUACCAUAAAUUCUGCCAGGUAUCACUGCAAGGUUUGCAAAAUAUGAGCAAGUCGGUUAAUGAUAGGACAUUCUGGAGGUCUUUCAUUCAUAAGGUCGCCGUAGGUCAGAGAGGACUUGAUGGCGCAUAACACACAUCGUUACAUGCUUUCCUCCUACAGUCCUCCUGACUGGAUUGCAUGGGUGCCGUGAGACAGGGAGGCAGUUGCAGACCCAGUGCUCUUCCUAGUCAUCUGGUCUGACCAAUUUGCCGACCCUUGAGGGCUUACUGGGAAUAAGGGAUUUUCCAAAUGUGGCACUUCAGUCUUCACCCACGGUGGGGGCAGCUGUGCCUCAACAGGCCACCCCCCCAUUUCAAAAGGUAAUCGAAGCAAAGCUGUCCCCUUCUACCUUGUAGCGCAACUAAAACAGACGACACCAUGUACUAAAAUUACUUUAUUACAGCUCAUUUGUUUUAAACAUCUCCUUUGCUAUGAUACAAAGGAUUACUUACAAACAAAAUAUUACAUAGGACCCUCUUUAUUUCCCAAGAACUUAGUAACAGCUUUAA